AUGGCAGAUAAUUCGUGCAAUCCAUUGCCAAAAUGUAGAUGGCAAGUGCACCUGUUAGCUGGAUCAGUUGCCGGUCUUGCUGAGCACUGCUUGAUGUUUCCAUUUGAUUCAGUUAAAACUAGAUUACAAAGUUUGUGUCCAUGUCCAGAAACAAACUGUCCAACUGCUAUGCAUAGCCUCUUUUCAAUGGUGAGACGCGAAGGGUUGUCGCGUUCCUUAAAAGGAGUUAAUGCUCUUGUAUUAGGUAUUGUCCCAGCUCAUGCUCUAUACUAUGGGGUUUAUGAAAAAUCCAAAGCUUAUUUAUUAAAUAACCAACUGGUGUCAUCUGCUUCAAUGUCAUAUGCAGUAUCUGGGAUGCUUGCUACAGUUGUCCAUGAUGCGGUAAUGAAUCCUGCUGAGGUGGUAAAGCAACGUAUGCAAAUGAUUUUUAGUCCAUAUGGUAAUAGUUUAGAGUGUGUUCGAUGCGUUUAUUUACGAGAAGGACUUAAAGCUUUUUAUCGUUCAUAUGUUACGCAGUUGACUCUCAAUGCACCCUAUCAAUGUGUUCAUUUCAUGAUAUAUGAAUAUUUGCAAGGAUUAUUGAAUCCGCAUCAUGACUAUAAUCCAUCUUCUCAUUUUGUUGCUGGAGGUAUUGCUGGUGGAGUAGCUGCAGCUCUCACAACUCCUUUUGACUGUGUGAAAACUGUUUUGAACACGCAGCAAACGCCCAGGUUUAAUACUAAAUACCGUUUACUGAACGAACCUGGAGACAUUUACUACAGGGGCAUAAUUGAUGGUGUUCGCAAUAUCUAUUAUCUUCGAGGUACAAGCGGAUUUUUCCGUGGCUUUCAAGCUCGAGUAAUAUUUCAAAUCCCUUCUACGGCACUCAGCUGGUCAGCCUAUGAAUUAUGCAAGUACAUUUUUUCUGUCGGAGUUUGA